AUGGUUCUGAAUAAAGGAUCUACAUUACCUACAACUAUAUCUGAUUACUUGAGAUUCCCUCAAUCUCAACAACAAUCAACAACAACAACAACAGAUUACAUUAAAUUAGAUGAAUUGGUAGCUCAUCGAAACUCAUUGUAUCAAAAGAAAAAAGAGGAGAAAAAGAGAGCUGCUGGUGUCAAACUAUUAAGUGGACAAUUAGCUUGGGGAUACUUUAGCAAUGACAAAUUAAGUGCUGGAGAACAAAAACAAAAUAGAGCAACAUAUAACAAAUUCCUUGAUAUUAUUAUGAAAUUUGUUGAUAAUGAUGAGAUACCAUCGGAUGAAUUACAUGCAGCUUCGUAUGAGGUGUUUAUGAUGCUUGGUAAUCCAGACAAGGACGAUGUGUUUAAACAACAGUCGUUGAAGCAGUUGUUUGGAUCGGGGUUCAAGUUGAACUUGUAUGCUGCUCUCAAACAACAUGUCGACCAGUUGUUGACCGUCAAGAACCCGUAUCAGGCAAACAGUGCUGGUGCUAGAGAGGCAUCGGCCAUCAUCAACGACACUGAUUCCCAAGAAUGGGGAAACUCAUUUAUCAAGUUGAAUUCAGUCGAUGAGUUGUUUAUCGAUAUCCCAUAUCAAAAUCAAGAAGAAUUAGAUAUGCAACAAGAAGCAGCAUCUGCAUCAAUGUCAUCAAAAAAAGAAGAAGAAAUAUUCAUUGUUAAAAAGACAUCAAAAAAACAACCACAACAAAGACAACCUCAACAACAACCUCAACAACAACAAUCACAAAAAUCAAAGUUUAACGAUCAAUGGUUAAUUGAAAAAUGUUUAGAUACUUUGAAAGCAUCAAAGAAUAUAGAGGAGGAUUUGAUCAAUAUCUUAGGGUUUGAUCAUCUUGAUUUUGUCGGUGACCUAGUAACCAACAAAUCAAGUGUACUCCAUGCCAUCCAAAAUCCAACUACUACAGUUAAACAACAAGUCACUGGAAAAGAAAAACAAUCAAGUAAUAGUAAAAAAGGUGGACAACAAAACAACAAGAAUGAUUUAUACGACGCUGAGGAAUUUGAACAAUUUAUUCCAAAUCCAAAACAAAACAUACCAGCCAAUUUACAACCACAGACCGAGUUUAAGGGCAAGGAUUUGAAUGUCGAUGCAGCCAUGUUUUCAAAAGUUGCAUUGCCAUCGAAUCUCAUUAAAAAGGAGUGUGGUACACAUACCGAGAUGACUAUCCCACACAGCAAGCCAAAACCAUUUGCCGAGAAUGAGAAGCUCAUUCCCAUCACAGACAUUGACAAGCGUUCGCGUGCGGCGUUUGGCAAGAUCCAGUCACUCAAUCGUAUCCAGUCGCGUGUGUUUGACGUUGCGUACAAGACCAACGAGAACCUACUUAUUUGUGCACCAACCGGUGCCGUUUGGAAAGUCGUUGGCAUACCUGGGCAUUGUGGUCAAAGAGUUGACAGGAGACAUGCAGCUCACGCAAAAGGAGCUGCAAGAGACACAGAUCAUCAUCACCACUCCCGAAAAAUGGGACGUUGUGACUAG